CUGUUUCCUUUGAAAGUGCUAUUUCCUACAAAGUCCAGUCAAGUCGAAUCAAGCUAUUACCCCUAAUCCCUUUAGGGCUAGUUGACUUAAUUCAGCUACACAGAUGAAGACUGUUAAGACGCAGAGAAACAAACACACACCUACUGAAGGCCCCGGGAGUUUGACACAAGAUCUUCUCUUAUUUUUGAAUGAAAUAAUGGAUUUUUGCUCAGGACAUUGAAGGUUUCUCGGUGGACAUGGGGAAGUGUGUGACUUUGCUUUCUUUGUGUCUUCACAAGCUGAUUUAUUUCCAUUUCUACUAUUUGCAUUGACUAACUCAAGCACCGAUGGGGUUCUCCAGGCGGAUACAUUCCUUUGGAUGAUAUGUUGUGGAAAUCAAUCUUUUGGGAUUUCCUUGAUUAAAGAGAAACCCACCAGAAGCUAUGGGGUGUGGUGCCACAAAAACCAGCAAAUUCAACAGACGAUUUGAUAAAGAUGGACAUGCCAUCCCAGCGGCCAUAACAAUAAAAGCAGCGGUGCUGAUCCAGCGCUGGUACCGACAGUAUGCGGCUCGCAUGGAAAUGAGACGCAGAUACACCUGGAACAUCUUCCAGUCCAUGGAGUACGCAGACCUACAAGACCAGAUCAAAUUAUACAAUUUUCUUGGUUACCUGAUGGAUAACUUCACUCGAUCAAGCAGUGAACGAAAACUGAUCUCACACAUCUUCCGAGAAAACGAGGUUUGCAGAGAUGCAGAGUGGGAGAGAUACUUCAGCUUCACCAAUAUUGAUGUCCCAGACAUUUACGCUGGCCCACGACUAACCUUUCCUUUAGAUAUGGACCAGGUGGCUGAUCUUGUAGAGGCCUUUAAAAACAAACAACAGCUUCACUCUCGUUACGUUCUUCAGCUUCUUCUGGAAACAUGGAGGUUGCUCAGAGUGUUGCCAAAUAUCAACCGAGUCUCGACAUGCCAUAGCAAAGAAAUAACCAUUUGUGGUGAUCUACAUGGGCAAUUAGAAGACCUGCUACUAAUAUUUUACAAGAAUGGAAUGCCGUCACUGGAGAAACCUUAUGUUUUCAACGGAGACUUUGUGGACCGAGGCAAAGACUCCAUGGAGAUUCUGCUCAUACUGUUUGCUUUCCUGCUUGUGUAUCCUGGAGAUGUUUAUCUUAAUCGAGGAAACCAUGAAGAUCACAUCAUUAAUCUGAGGUAUGGCUUCACCAAAGAAGUACUGAGCAAAUACAAGCUGCAUGGGAGGCGUAUUCUCAAGCUGCUCCAGAAGAUCUUCAGCUGGCUGCCUUUAGUGACAGUAAUCGACCAGCGGGUGCUGAUAGUCCACGGAGGAGUCUCAGACACCACUGAUCUCGCUCUGAUAGCUCGAGUGGACAGACACAGAUAUGUGUCUUCUCUGAGGCCUCCUAAGAAGAAGACUCCAUCACGUAUUAAUGUAUAUGCGAAUUCAGAGCGUUUACCUGAGACGGUCCUCUGUAAGAAUACAAUGGGCUCGCUGACCUUUCCCAAACCGUUUGGUGCUCGGGACAGUUUUCAGAGACGCUCCCUUCAAGACUUCUCAAGCACCAUGGCUCGGACGCUUGAGGGGGAGUUUGAGGUUCGUCGUAGACAAGCAGAGUUUAGUCUGUCCAGCUUCAGCAAGUCUCACAGUAUACUGAGCACUGCUCUGUCGCCUGACUCUGAACCAGACUCAUCACAGCUCACCGACAACAGCAAUGAUGAGUGGAAACAGAUUUUGGACCUGCUGUGGAGUGACCCCAUGUCUCAGGACGGUUGCAUUCCCAAUGAGGUCCGUGGUGGAGGCUGUUAUUGGGGUCCUGAUGUCACAGAAGACUUUCUGAACAGGCACAAUCUCCAGCUCAUCAUCCGCUCACACGAGUGCAAACAGGACGGAUACGAGUUUUGCCACAAUCGUAAGGUCCUGACCAUUUUUUCAGCCUCUAACUACUAUGAGGCUGGCAGUAACAGAGGAGCCUUUGUCAGACUGGGUCCAGAUCUCGUGCCCUACUUCGUUCAGUAUCAGGUCACCCAUAUGACCCGAGGACUGAGCUUUCCACAAAGUGUAAAACGCACAGAGCAUACAGCUUUCAAAGCCCUACGAGAGCUACUGUUUGUGCACAAGUCAGAUCUCCUCAGUGCCUUUCAAGAGAUUGACAAGGAGAACACAGGACUGAUCUGUUUGAAUGACUGGGCGAGUGCAAUCGAGCGAGUUCUUCACCUGGAUCUGCCUUGGCAAGUGCUUCAUCCUCAGCUACUGUCCAGCACCAAAGAAGGAAAGCUGGACUAUCAAGGCUGGUUCCGUGAUCUCGCCCUAAAAAAGCCCAGAUCCCAGCACAUUGAACAGACUAUGCUGGAGACACUUUAUAGACAUCGCUCCACACUAGAGACCAUUUUCAGAAUAGUGGACACCGAUAAUUCAGGUCUCAUCACUUUUGAGGAUUUCCGUCAGACGUUGAAGCUGCUCAGUGCCUAUCUGAAAAUGGAGAUCUCUGACGAGGUCAUCAACGGGCUGGUUAUCAGCACCGACACAAAUAAUGACGGUAGCAUUGACAUUGAUGAGUUUAUGGAGGCUUUCCGGCUAGUAGACAAAAGCAGACUCGAGAGGGGUCAAAGUCUACUAAAGCUCAAGCAGGACACUGACAAAUGUCUAACCUCGCAGACUGUAGACAAUCCAGCUUCACAGACUGAAGAUCUGUUAUAAAUUAUAACCUUCCCUUGGUAUUUAACCCUGACGCCAGAUUAAACCUUUUAGACUUUAAUGCUCCUCUCUUAACCAAAAAUAAUUAAUGGUGCAGGUUUAGAAUACACCUAUGUUCAGUGCUUAAUAAUAAAUGUUAUCUGAUAUUUCAAAGAUUUAUGCAUUUGGUUUUAUCUCCCCUAAAAUAAGAUAAAAAGGCUUCUAGUGUUUGCCUUCAUUGUCUCUGACAAAUUUAUUAACAUAUUCUGUAUCAAAAUCAGCGAUCAGUAUCUUGAUAAUACUCCAUGACAUGACUAUAUAGACUAAAUGUUGGACAUAAUCUAUUUGUUCUAUUGUCUGUGUGAAUGUGCAAGUAAAUGUUUGAAAACGUCUUUUACUGCAACUUUUCUGUGGGUUUUAAGAGCAAGUGUGUUUAUAAUAAGAGGUAUGUUGACAUCGAGCUCUGUGAUCUGUUGCUGUAAGCAAAUAAAAGGCAUUGUCCUAGAAAACAGA